UCAAUACCAAACACGACGACAACACAAAUUAAUCCAUUCACACAUCGGUUCAAAUAAAACAAACUGAAUAUUCAGUAUUCAGUUUGGUAUUAUCAAUUUGACUUGAAACCUGCUGCCGAUUAUUAGCACAAGUUGUGAGCUCCAGUGAGGAAGUUUUUAGAACUUCCAACUACGAACUACCUGUUUACUAAGGAGAAUUUACUCAAACUUACACGAUCUGCUAUUUAAUUGUUUAUUCUGAAGAUGGACAUGGAGUAUGACGAUUCUAUAAAUCGUCUGGAAGGGACAAGUGGAACCGAGGUAGGUGGUCUCAUUAUUAAAAAGAAGGCCCAAGCUGAACACGAAUUUAAGCGACCUGACCUACCAAAAAAAUCACUUCUUGGAUUGGAUAGACUGGCCGAGCUCAAACGCCGUGAACAAGAAGAAGAAUCUUUAAAUUCGGCAGAUUCGAGAAAGGCGCAGUUAACUCCUCAACGUGGAAAUGACGCCCAUAAUUUUCAAAAACGACCUUCCUCUGAUGAUAGAAAACCAAAACGUUAUAGGGAACAAAGUGGCGACACCCCUUCACACGGUGGCGGUGUCAAUGUUUCUGCCAAAACGGCAAUUGAGGAUAGGCAUCAUAAAACCAGACGUGUCGACGUAUCCUCCAAGGAUCAAGAGAGAAAUAAUUAUGGCAAUUACUACGACUAUCGACAACGUGGAGGAAGACCAGAUAAUAGAGAUAGAUACAGGGACAGGGACAAUAAUAGAAGUCGAAAUCGUGAUAACAGGGAUGAAAGGAGACGCGAUGACAGACCACCUCGUCACCAUGAUAGGGAACGAGAAAGACUUGAACAUCGUGGCGAUAAUAACAACAGCAGUAGUCGACGUCGAGAUGAACCACGCUCCGAAAGAAGUUUCAGGCCUCCUUCUUCGCGACGUGAAGGGGACAAUAGCGUUAGAUUUGGUGACGAACCAUUAACGCCGGCCUUCAGUGUAGCAAAUACUCCUCGUGGAAAAGCGUGGGAAGAUGAUGAUGACAGUGGACUUGGUAGCAGACGAUCUACACAAUGGGAUUUUCCCACUCCACUCGUAGGAGACAGUAGGCAUCGCAAGGAGGAUGAAACACCGCUACCAACUCCAGCUCAUAAGUUUAAUCCUUGGGUCAAACAACCUGGGAGCUCGAAAUUAAUGGAAACGCCCUGGUUUGUCAAGAUUAAGGACGGAGCUGAAGAGGCAGAGGAAAUCAAAGUGGAUCCAGAUGAGUGGGAAGAUGAGCAAAAAAGGCUGGAUCGGGAAUGGUACUCCAUGGAUGAGGGGUAUGACGAAGUUCACAAUCCUUUUGCUGGAGUCUCGGAGGAAUAUACGAAAAAGAAAGAAGACCAAAUUGCUCAAAAGAAGAAUCAACGAAUGUCUGCCCAGCAGAGGCAAAUUCACCGUGAUAAUGAGUUGUGGGAGAAAAAUCGAAUGUUGACCUCUGGUGUAGUGGUGCGUGUCGAGGAUGAAGAUGAAGACGAUGAUGUAGGGGAGGCUCGAGUACAUUUACUGGUUCAUCAUAUAAUUCCCCCUUUUCUCGAUGGACGUAUUGUUUUCACGAAGCAGUUUGAACCCGUCGUUCCCGUUAGGGACCCAACUUCUGACAUGGCCCUAAUAUCUCGUAAAGGCUCCAUGCUAGUACGAACAUUUCGGGAGCAAAAGGAACGUAAAAAAGCACAAAAGAAACAUUGGGAGCUUGCUGGAACGAAAAUGGGAAACUUGUUAGGGGUUGAGAAAAAGGAAGAGAAAGAUGAAAAUGUAAACGAAGAAGGAGAAUCAGAUUACAAAAAAGGACAACAAUUUGCAGAACACAUGAAAAACACAGGCCACGCUAGUAGUAAUUUUGCUAAAAACAAAUCCUUUAUUCAGCAGCGCCAAUAUUUACCCGCAUUUGCUGUCCGUGAGCAGCUUCUUACUGUGAUACGGGAUAACAACGUUAUUAUCAUUGUUGGAGAAACGGGAUCCGGAAAAACCACACAACUGACUCAAUACUUACAUGAAGAAGGUUAUUCCAAAAAUGGAAUGAUUGGAUGUACACAACCGAGACGAGUUGCAGCCAUGUCUGUAGCAAAGCGAGUUUCUGAUGAAAUGGGAACAGAACUGGGACAAGAAAUCGGAUACGCAAUUCGAUUUGAAGACUGUACUUGUGAUAAAACGAUCAUUAAAUACAUGACAGACGGUAUUCUACUUCGUGAAUCUCUGCGUGAGCCAGAUUUAGACAACUAUGCUGCUGUUAUUAUGGACGAAGCUCACGAGAGAUCUCUCAACACGGAUGUCUUGUUUGGUCUGUUACGUGAGAUUGUAGCCCGGCGCCAUGACCUAAAGCUAAUUGUGACGUCAGCUACAAUGGAUGCUACAAAGUUUGCCAUGUUUUUCGGAAAUGUUCCAGUUUUUAUUAUUCCUGGACGAACAUUUCCCGUCCAACUAUUUUUUGGAAAAAAUACUGUUGAAGACUAUGUUGAUGCUGCUGUAAAACAAGCCCUUCAAAUUCAUCUGCAACCUACUGAAGGGGAUAUCUUGAUCUUCAUGCCAGGACAGGAAGAUAUUGAAGUCACAUGCGAAGUGUUGACUGAACGCUUAGAUCAAUUAGAUGACGCUCCUCCACUUGCUAUCCUUCCAAUUUAUUCACAAUUGCCAUCUGAUUUGCAGGCCAAAAUUUUCCAAAAAGCUCCCGAUGGGAUCAGGAAAUGUGUUGUAGCCACUAAUAUUGCGGAAACCUCUUUAACGGUUGACGGAAUUAUGUUCGUCAUUGACUCUGGAUAUUGUAAGCUGAAAGUCUACAAUCCUCGAAUUGGUAUGGAUGCAUUGCAAAUUUAUCCAAUUAGUCAAGCCAACGCAAAUCAGCGGUCAGGUAGAGCAGGCAGAACCGGUCCCGGAGCUUGCUAUAGGUUGUACACUGAACGGCAGUACAAAGAAGAUUUGCUCGUCACAACAAUUCCUGAAAUUCAACGGACUAAUUUGUCAAACGUCGUAUUGUUGUUAAAAUCUUUGGGCGUUCAAGACCUUUUACAAUUUCAUUUUAUGGACCCCCCUCCGCAGGAAAAUAUGCUAAACUCAAUGUACCAGCUCUGGACCCUGGGUGCACUGGAUAACACUGGGAGGUUAACGGAUCUUGGGCGAUCGAUGGUUGAAUUUCCUUUGGAUCCUGCAUUGUCAAAAAUGUUGAUUGCGUCAGUUGAAAUGGGGUGCUCGGCAGAUAUAUUGAUAGUUGUAUCAAUGUUGUCCGUUCCUGCCUUGUUCUAUAGGCCAAAGGGAAGGGAAGAGGACGCUGAUGCUGUUCGAGAGAAGUUUCAAGUGCCAGAAUCCGACCAUUUGACAUAUUUGAAUGUUUACAAUCAGUGGAAAACAAACAAGUAUUCGGCGACGUGGUGCAAUGAACACUUUAUUCAUUGCAAGGCAAUGAGGAAGGUUCGAGAAGUAAGGAGUCAGUUGAAAGAUAUCAUGGAUUCUCAAAAAAUGACGAUCAUUUCUUCGGGAACUGAUUGGGAUGUCAUUCGCAAAUGCAUUUGUUCCGCAUAUUUCCACCAAGCUGCCAGACUAAAGGGCAUUGGAGAAUAUGUGAAUUUGAGAACCGGGAUGCCCUGUCAUCUGCAUCCCACGUCAGCUUUGUUUGGUAUGGGCUAUACACCAGACUACGUCGUGUAUCACGAACUCGUCAUGACGCAUAAGGAAUACAUGCAAUGCGUCACUGCUGUGGAUGGAAAUUGGUUAGCAGAACUUGGACCAAUGUUUUUUUCUGUGAAGGAAACUGCUCGUUCCCGUAUGGACAAGAAACGUGAAACGAUCGAACAUAUUCGGGACAUGGAUGCUGAGAUGAAACAGGCCGAAGCCGACAUGCGACAACUUAAAGAAGAACAACUAAUUCAAGAGCAACAGAUUGCUAAAAAAUACGAAAUUGUGACUCCUGGACGACCAGACCCUGACACACCACGUAGAUUACCUUCACGAUUUGGUCUGUAGUACUUAUAGUAUUUUAUUUAUUUUGUUAUAAAAGUUCAAUAUUAUUAUUGUUAUUUUAAUUUUAUAUAACAACAUUAGAUUUGAUGUACAUGCAUAUAUAUAGAUAUAUUCCAGCAAGCUAGUAUACUUUUUUUUGGUUCUCAUUACUUUACAUAUGUGUUAGACAUGAUCAAUAUAAUUAAUAAAAAUAUUUACACCAUU